AUGGAGGAAGACAACGCUGCCGGCCCUUCCAAGAAGGCUCUCAAGAAGGCCGAGGCCAAGGCCAAGAAGGAGGCCCUCAAAGCGCAGCGUGCAGCAGAGCGUGUCGCUACGCAGGUCUCCAACAUCGAGCUCGAGGAUGACCCCGCCAAGGACAACUACGGAACUACGACGAACCCAACCUUCAGCGCCGACGCCGAGGAGGUCGAACUCCGCGAUCUAGACGACUCCUACGAUGGAAAGAAGGUUGUCAUCCGAGCAUGGCUUCAGAACAGCCGCACACAGAGCGCCAAGAUGGGAUUCGUCGAGCUUCGCAAGGGGGGUAACUGGACCAUCCAGGGUCUUGUUCUGGCCACCAUCACAGGCACUGGCGCCGAGUCCCAGUUGCCGGCCGAGGGAACGCCCGUGAUCAGCAGGCGUAUGGUCAAGUUCAUCACCGCCAUCAACCCCGAGAGUUUCAUCGCUGUCGAGGCUCAAGUAAAGCGACCCCUUGAGCCGGUCAAGAGCUGCCGAAUUUCCACAUUGGAGCUUCAUAUCACGAAGGCCUUUGUACUUGCGGCUGCUCCCCCCGUCCUCGGAAUGACCAUGGCCGCCUCCUCCCAGCCGGUUGCCAACUUCAGCGACGAAGAGCCCAAGGCCGAGGAGGAGGUUAAGAAGGAGCCCGAGGCUGAGGGUGGUAUUCCUGCCGCAAGCAUGCUCACCCACCUUGACAACAUCGCUAUGCACAAGCGCGCUCCUGUCCAGCAGGCUAUUGCUGACAUCCGUAUUGAGGUGAAGAGGCUCUUCCGCUCUUACCUUGAGGAGCGCCGAUUCAAGGAGUUCGAGCCACCAUGCCUGAUUGGUGCAGCAUCGGAGGGUGGUGCCAAUGUCUUCCGACUGGCAUACUUUGGCCAGGAGGCUUUCCUCGCCCAGUCUCCUCAAUUCUACAAGCAGUUCGAGAUUGCUGGUGGAAGAGAGCGUGUCUUCAGCAUUGGACCUGUGUUCAGAGCUGAGAACUCCAACACCCCUAGACAUAUGACGGAGUUCACUGGUCUCGAUUUGGAGAUGGAGAUCAAGCACAGCUACACUGAAGUUAUCUCAGUGCUUGAAGGUGUUCUAUUACACAUUCUUCGCGGACUUCGUGAGCGAUGUGCCGAUGAAAUCCAGAUUGUUCGAUCCGUCUACCCCUCGGAAGAUUUCCUCCUCCCCGAGCCAGGCAAGGAAGUCCGUCUGAACUUCGCUGAGGCUCAGAAACUAUUGCGAGAGGAAGGUCCCGAGGAGUUCCGCAACGUUCGCGAUGACGAGGAUAUGUCAACUGCACAGGAGAAGGCUCUCGGCGCAGUCGUCCGUGCCAAAUACAACACGGACUUCUACGUGCUCGACAAGUUCCCCGAGACUGCACGACCUUUCUACGCAAAGGUCGAUGACGCCGGUACCACGGUUGGCGAUAAUGUCCGUGUCACGAAUGCGUUCGACUUCUUCCUCCGUGGCCAGGAGGUUCUGUCUGGUGGCCAACGUAUCAACGACCCCAAGGAGCUUGAGGAGCGCAUCCGCGCCAAGGGUGUUGACCCGAAUAGCGAAGGUAUCAAGGAGUACCUGACGACGUUCCGCCAGGUUGGUGUGCCACCGCAUGGUGGAGGUGGUAUUGGACUCGACCGAGUGGUUGCGUGGUUCCUGGCAUUACCUAGCGUCCAUCUCGCGGCGUUCUACCCACGAACCCCCAAGAGAUUGCUGCCAUAA